GCGAGCCACUGAGGGCAGACGGUGGGAGGAGGAAGAGAGACAGAUCAAGACAGAGACACAGAGACAGAGAGGAAGAGAGAGACACAGAGUCAGAGAGAGGGAGAAACAGGAACAGAUACAGAGAAACAGGGACAGAGAGACUCAGAGACAGAGAGACACACAGAGAAAGAAAGAAACAGGGAUAGAGAGGCACAGAGACAGAGAGAGACACACAAAGAGACACCAGAGAAAGAGAGAGAGAAACAGGAACAGAGAGACACAGAGGCAGAGAAACAGGGACAGAGAGAGACAGAAACAGAGAGACAUAGGGAGAGAGAGACACAGAGACACAGAAACAGGAACAGAGACACAGAGAUAGAGAAAUAGGGAUCCAGAGAGACACAGAGAGACAGAGAGAGAGAGACAGAGAAAGAAACCAAGAGAGAUAGAGAGAUAGCCGGGGAGCGAGGGGCAUUCCCACAGGCCUUUGCCAGAGCCUGCGGGCAGCAACCAAGUGCAGACUAGGGGCAGGGAAGCUCAGCCUCACACAAGGGGCCCCGAGAGGACGCAGGCCUGGCCCAGCUCCGAAGGGCCCCUCUCACGGAACCCCAGAGUGUGCCACGCCCCGGAGCAGGCUAUGGAGCUCAGGGAGCCGCAGCCUGAGGAUGGGGAGCCCGAGGAGGACACGGCCACAGCCCUGCAGCGGCUGGUGGAGCUGACGGCCCCUCGAGUGACCCCCCUGAGGAGCCUGCGGGCCCAGUACCGCCUCAUCCGAAAGCUCGGCUCCGGCUCCUACGGUCGCGUGCUCCUGGCCCGGCCUCACCCCGGGGGUCCUGCCGUGGCCCUGAAGCUCCUGCGGCGGGACACGGUGCCCAGGAGCACCUUCCUGAGGGAGUUCUGCGUGGGCCGCUGUGUCUCCUCACACCCUGGCCUGCUGCAGACACUGGCGGGGCCUCUGCAGACACCCCAGUACUUUGCCUUUGCCCAGGAGUAUGCGCCCUGUGGGGACCUCAGCAGCAUGCUCCAGGAAGGGGGCCUUCCGGAGCAGUUGCUGAAGCGGGUGGCGGCGCAACUGGCCGCGGCCCUGGACUUCCUGCACGGCCGGGGCCUGGUUCAUGCUGAUGUCAAGCCAGACAACGUGCUGGUCUUCGACCGGGUCUGCAGCCGGGUGGCCCUGGGGGACCUGGGCCUCACCCGGCCCGAGGGCAGCCCGGCCCUCGCGCCCCCCAGGCCCCUGCCCUCUGCGCCCCCAGAGCUCUGCCUCCUGCUCCCCACCGCCACCCUACCCCUGCGGCCUGCUGUGGACUCCUGGGGCCUGGGGGUGCUCCUGUUCUGCACCGCCACUGCCAGCUUCCCCUGGGAUGUGGCGCUGGCCCCUGACCCCGAAUUUGAAGCCUUUGCUGGGUGGGUGACUGCCCGGCCUCAGCCUCCUCAGCCCCCGCCCCCUUGGGACCAGUUCUCACCUGCAGCCCUGGCUUUGCUCCGGGGGCUCCUGGACCUGGACCCUGAGACGAGGAGCCCUCCACUGUUGGUCCUGGAGUUCCUGGGGGAUGACUGGGGGCUGGAGAGGGACAGAGCAGGGACCGGGGACUCUGUGGGGGAUGGGGAGGAAGUGGGGGAGGAGGGGGGCUCGAGCUUGGAGGAGUGGACAGAUGGGGAUGAGGAGGAUGAGGGUGAGAGGAGGGUGGGGACAGACAUAGACACACCCUGA